CGACUCCACCCCCUCGUCUGCCCCUUUAAAGGUUCGGAGCCUCUAGACCUAGUUUCUCGCUGACCGCUCCCGCUGUGGUGGGACAGCCCAAGAGCGCCCAAGGCAGAGGGGAGGCCACACCCACGGGACGCCGAAAUGUGCCUUCCCGGCUCUCACGCACCCCUCGCUCCCGGCUCAAAUGGGCUAGCCCAGCCCGGAAGCCACGCCCCCCGACCCACGUGGGCUCGCCGCGCGUUCCGGGACCAGUGCGAACUUAGCGGAGUUGGAGGAGCUGCCGGGACCAUGCCGGUGGAGGACGUACGGAGCCGGCUCUGCCCCGACGACUUCUGCCCGGCCACAUCGCCCGCCGAGCGGCCCUCGAGCCUCUGCCUGGACGCGCUGCGGAAGCCCGGCACCGAGCUGUGGCUCAUCCGGACCCCCGCGGACUUCAGCCCCGCUAGCCUCAAUGGAUGCAAGGUGUCUCUCGUCGGCCUCCAGACCCUGAAGAGCCAUCGGAACGAGGCUGGCGUUCGACAGCGCUACCGGGUCCUGAGCAACACCAGCACUGGCCUCGAGACCCUGCUGGCCCCCUCGUCUUCAGCAGAUGGCCAGCUGGUCCCAGCCCCAGCUCUGCGGGGCACCCUGAGUGUCACAGAAGUGCCCCGGACCAAGGCGUCCAGCCAGGCCCUCCACGCCAUCCCCACCAGCCCACCCCCACAGAUCCCGCCUGGCCUGCGGCCCCGAUUCCAGGCCUUUGGGGGCAAGCAGCCCGUGCUGGGGUCCCCAGCUCAGACAGCAGCAGGGGAGGGAGGAGAGGGGAGAUCUUCCCGGAAAAGGAAGAAGGCUCACUUAGUGUCUCCAAAUGCCAAUCCACCCGAGGUUCUGAAUGGAGUGGGUGGGCUGAACUCUGCUCCAGCAUUGGAGAUGCCCGAGCCUACUACGGAGCAAAUGCCAGUCAAAACAGAGGAAGAGGUGGCAGCUCCAUUACCUGCCAAGAAGAAGAAGAAGAAGAAGAAGAGGGAGCUGGAAGAAGAGGCGCCAGAGCCAGCAGGAGAAGCGCCGGGGCUGGAGCUUCCACAGGAGGCUGUUCUCUCACCCAGUAAGACAAAGAAGAGCAAGAAGAGACGAGAGCUGGAAGGAAGGAGACCCGAGUCUGAGGUCCAGAUGGACCUCCAGGAGGAGAAAGCCCCAGCCUCGGCCAAAAAAAAGAGCCAGAAGAAACAGAAGGCCGGAGAGAUGGUGGCGCCUGCGAGGGCUGUUGGGAUGGCAGGGGAGGAGGAGAAGGAGAUGGUGGGCCUGCCUCCCGCCAAGAGGAAGAAGGAGGAACCAGGAGGAGAGAUGCCCACGGAGGCAGAGGUGACCGAGCCCCUUGGGGAGGCCGAGCCUUCAUACACCAAGAGGAAGAAAAAGAAGAGGAGGAAGCCGGAGGAAGAGGAGGGGGUGGCCCCAGAGCCACCAACGGAGAUGGAGUCCCUGGCCGGAGUCUCUGAGUCGGAUACCCUGAGCCCCAGGCAGGGGGUGGAGAAGAAAAAGAAGAAGAAGAAGAAGAGGCUGCACCAGGAGGAGGUGGGCACAGUGGAGGCCUAA